AUUCCCAGGCCCAGGGGGAGAAGUCGAAAUCCGAAACGUAGCCAACUCCGUCGCCGUAGAGAAGGGACGGAGAACUCCGUCUCCACUUCCUGUUCGCUCAUCUUCAUCGUUGCGUGGAAUAAGAAGGCGAGAAGGGACGGAGAACUCGUCAAAGGCAACUUCAACUUCUCGAAUGCAAAUCUGCUCCCCCUGUAUGUCUUCCUUCCCCUUUUUAUCUUUCCUAUCUUAACUGGAGAUCUUCAAACCUUCCAUACGCAAUCUCCAUUUCACGAUUUCACUUCGCAAAGAUAGAAACUUGGCUCCCGAUGAAUUGUUUCUUCAGUACGGUCUUAGAUACCCAUAUGUGCAAAUUGCUUUUGGAUUCUUCAUUACGAUCUCCAAUCAGUGAAGCUGAAUGUGCUGCUUCAGUUGUCAGACAGUCAAUCUACAUUAAAAACCACUUCUUGGCUGUUUGAUUCUUGUGGGGAUGUUUACGGGAGGCUGCAGAUAGCUUAACAUUGUUAAACUGCGAACUGGUAUUGUGUAGUUAAGGGAUAGUAGUGAAAGGGAUGGUAGUCGCAUGCUCAAAAUUUGUUGCUUAAUUUGAUUACAGGUUGGAACUCGUAUUGCUUGGCUUGCUGACUCCCCCAUACUUGCACUCACAUUAAAGGAUGGAACCACAGAGUCAGGCAAGUAAAGAGAAGUAUGCCGCAGAUAUUUCUUCCAUUAGAGAAGCUCGCGAUCGUAUAAAGCCAUUCGUACACAGAACUCCGGUACUUACCUCUGAAUCUCUAAAUGUGUUGUCUGGAAGGAAGCUAUAUUUCAAGGCUGAAUGUUUGCAAAAGGGGGGCGCAUUCAAGUUUAGAGGUGCCUGUAAUGCCGUAUAUUCACUGGAUGACGAGCAGGCAGCCAAAGGUGUUGUAACUCACAGCAGUGGUAAUCAUGCAGCAGCAUUGGCUUUGGCUGCAAAGUUAAGGGGCAUCUCGUCCUACAUAGUUAUACCGAAAAAUGCUCCCAAGUGCAAGGUUGAGAACGUCUUGCGUUAUGGGGGUCAGGUUAUCUGGAGCGAGAACACAAUGCAGGCGCGAGAGGAUACUGCAAGUAGGGUGUUGGAGGAAACUGGUGCCGUCCUUCUUCAUCCAUUCAAUGAUGGCCGUAUCAUAAGUGGGCAAGGUACAAUAUCAUUGGAGCUUUUAGAGCAAGUAACUCAUCUGGAUACAUUGGUGGUUCCCAUAAGUGGAGGUGGUUUGAUCACGGGAGUGGCAAUUGCCGCCAAGUCCAUCAACCCUUCUCUCAAAAUUUUUGCAGCUGAACCUAGUGGAGCUAAUGAUUCUGCUCUUUCCAAAGCGGCAGGACAAAUUGUGACAUUGCCGAGUACAGACACGGUUGCUGACGGGCUUCGUGCUUUCCUUGGAGAUCUCACCUGGCCUGUAGUGAGAGAUUUGGUAGACGAUGUGAUUGUUGUGGAAGAUAAUGAAAUCAUAGACGCGAUGAAGCUGUGCUACGAGAUUCUAAAAGUUGCGGUGGAGCCAAGUGGAGCCAUAGGCCUCGCAGCUGUUCUAUCUGACAGAUUCCAGAAACACCCUGCAUCGAAGGACUGCAACCACAUUGGAAUCAUACUUUCUGGAGGGAAUGUCGACCUUGGUGUGCUCUGGGAUUCUCUCAGAAAACCGUAGAGAAUCAUACUUCCAGUCUUGAUUCCAUUUCUGUUCUUCUUUACUAUGAAAGCUGUUGUUCUUCUCUCACAAUUUGAUGAACCGAAUCAGUGGGCAGUUUGAUUCCUUUAUAUGUUUGUUUUGUUUCUUUCAAAAGUAAUGAUUGUGAACCAAAAAUAGAGUUGGCAGGUUUCAUUGUGUUGAAAACUUAUCAUUCCAAAAACAGACAGGCAAAAGACCAAAUCUUUGUUUCCACAUUUCAAGGUAUCCUUUCAAGAAAAACAAGCAGCAUCU